AUGGGUAGUGAUGAGAAUGAAACGGGUUUGUCAGGGGUUCCAUUGGGAAUCAAGAACAAGUACUCUGAGCUCACAAAAGUAGAUUUUGAUGAUGAUGAUGAUGAUGCUUCGCACCAUCAUCAUCAACGAAAGAGGAGUGCAAGUACCAGGAAGUAUGUCCUUGCUUGUGCCAUCUUCGCCUCCCUCAACUCUGUUCUUCUUGGCUAUGAUGUAGGUGUGAUGAGUGGGGCAAUCAUAUUCAUUCAAGAAGAUCUGAAGAUAACCGAGGUACAGGAAGAAGUUCUUGUUGGGAUUUUGAGCGUUGUUUCGAUUUUUGGUAGUUUGGCUGGUGGUAGAACAUCAGAUAUUAUAGGUAGAAAGUGGACAAUGGCAUUAGCUGCUCUUGUCUUUCAAGCAGGUGCAGCUGUAAUGACACUUGCUCCUUCAUUUGAAGUGCUCAUGAUUGGAAGACUCUUGGCCGGCGUUGGGAUCGGGUUUGGUGUCAUGAUUGCCCCGGUUUAUAUUGCUGAGAUAUCACCCACCAUUGCCAGAGGCUCCCUCACUUCAUUUCCUGAAAUUUUUAUAAAUCUCGGAAUUUUGCUUGGCUAUGUUUCAAACUAUGCAUUUUCUGGUCUUCCAGCACAUAUAAACUGGAGGAUAAUGCUUGCAGUAGGAAUUCUGCCUUCACUUUUCAUUGGUUUUGCACUUUUCAUAAUCCCAGAGUCUCCCAGAUGGUUGGUUAUGCAAAACCGCAUUGAUGAGGCAAGAUCAGUGCUGAUGAAAACAAAUGAGAAUGAAAGUGAGGUGGAGGAGAGACUAAAUGAAAUACAAGAGGCUGCUGGAAAUUCCAAUGCAGACAAGUAUGAGGAGAAAAGUGUGGCACGUGAGCUGUUGAGUCCUUCUCCUGCCCUUCGUCGGAUGCUGAUCACUGGUUUUGGAAUUCAAUGUUUUCAGCAGAUAACAGGAAUAGAUGCAACAGUGUACUACAGCCCAGAAAUCUUCAGACAAGCUGGUAUUGUGGAUAAAUCGAAUCUACUUGCUGCAACUAUUGCUGUGGGUGUCACCAAGACUGCUUUCAUAAUGGUGGCUAUUUUGCUUAUUGACAAGCUUGGAAGAAAGCCCUUACUCUAUAUCAGCACUAUCGGAAUGACAAUCUGUUUAUUCAGUUUGGGUGUUACUCUCUCAGUACUAGGGAAAGGACCUAUUGGGAUUCUAUUUGCCAUUUUGUCAGUUUGUGGGAAUGUAGCCUUCUUCUCUGUUGGAAUUGGCCCUGUUUGCUGGGUUGUGACAUCUGAAAUCUUUCCUUUAAGGUUGCGUGCUCAAGCAUCAGCUCUUGGAGCUGUGGGUAACAGGGUCUGCAGUGGCCUAAUUGCCAUGUCUUUUCUGUCAGUUUCUGAUGCAAUCUCAUUUGGCGGAUCAUUCUUCACCUUUUCUGCAAUUUCGGCUCUUUCUGUUUUGUUUGUCUUCAAACUUGUCCCAGAAACCAAAGGAAAGUCAUUGGAACAGAUUGAGCUUCUUUUUCAGACUGAUGAUCUUGGCUGGAAAGGAGGUCAAGUUGCACUAGGAGAUGUCGAGCACCUUGUGCAAAAAGAAUGAUCAAUUUAACCAACUCUUUGACGUCUUGAACCAGUUUGAUAGAUGAUACAUACUCUUCAUUACUGACAACUUCAUUCAACUGUUCUAUCGUGACUGAAUUGCGCAACGCAGACACCUUGCUUUCACAGACAGUUCUCUCCAACCAAAUAAAGCAGCUACCGAAGGGAGCACAUGAAUUAUAAUCUAUUACAUUUUCGCUUCUUUUUUUAUUUGAUUUUUUAUAAUGGUGCAGUAGUGUCUUCGUAUUAGUAGAUAUAAAACUUGUCAUAUGUUUGAGAAUUCGAAUACGGUGAAAAGUUCAGGCAAUUGCAGCGCUUGUUAUAAAUGAGACCUAGCAGCAUUGGCCAUCUUGCAAUCGGGAUGUUGGUACCUUGCAUAUAAGUUCAUAUUACUGAUGCAUCUCAACAUGAACAUUUUGUGUUAGAUUGUUCUAGUGCAACUU